CAUGCUUCGACAUGCCCUUUCCUUGCCAUGUCUGCUGGCCUUGCCUUGCCUUACCUUGCCUUGCCUUAUUACCUUCCUUACCUUGCAGCUCGGUCGCUCGACUCGCAAAGCGGCGUUCGUCGAAGCAGGUCGGUCUACUCUGCUACGCGGUACAUAGCUAGACCGUCGCCCUCAACCGACCUGACGGGCUAGAUAUCGUACUACUCCCGUACUCCCACGAAGAUCAUAUCUGCUCUGCUACUAGGCUGGUUUCCUUUAACUGCCUCUGCAACCGAGCACCUUAAACAGCACGCCCCGGCCUCUACUUUCACCCAUCCUCGCUCGCCCUCAUCUUCCCAUAUCUCCUCCUCCGCCCCCCUCCCCUUUACGUUCACGGUUCACGCUCUUUUGUUACAUCCAGCCGCCGCACACCUUCUGCCUGACGCUCUUGCUGCAGCACCCACCGCCCCCCAGAGGCUGGCUACCUAGGUACACGCCCGUCCUGAGUGGCCGUGUCCCCAUUGCCGAAGGCUCCUUGCCGGGACCAGACAAGAGAGUAAUAUCGGGAGUCAGUCUGUGCGAAAGAGUUCGUGCACGCAACCGCCUCUCUUCAACCCAUCACCUGGAACCGAGUAAGCGCCACAUCGUCCCUAGUUAUCGUGGAGCCGUCCCUGGAACACGACCUUCACUCCCGCCUUGCAAAUGUGGACCUGGUUGCUUGUCACCAGCAUUUGAGCGCUCGAGCACCCUCUCCACCUCACCCACACACGCCUACUGCAAUCCACCUUACCACCCAGGGGGGGGACUUAAAAGAAACGAAACGACCGCCAACGUCUUUAGUCAGGGGGAGCAGAGGAACAGACGUUGCGCGACUUCAACUGGUAUAUAUUAUUCUUACUUCUCCUCCACCUGCCUGUGUCCUCGACCUUGGGACCCUGUCACUACCUCGACCCUUCGCCCCGACCUCAACCCACCCUUCCCUCGUCCAAAGAAGCAUCGCCUUGCCUGGUCUUGUCUCUUUGCCUCCAGUAGACCUCAUCAUAUCUGGGAACCUCCGCGCCCUUGGAUAUUGUGAGCAGCAAGUUCCUUCUCAAUUGAGGCACACACGUCACCCUCGAAUACGGCAAGCCGCAUCUCAGUUCCGCCUCUUCGUCCAUCCUUGUCUCACUGGUAUUGGUUGAGACCCCAAGAAGAAGCAACGCCAACCCUGAGACUGUUGCGACGAGAACGACGAAAAAGCAACCUGCAGCAACAGCUUCACGACCGUUACGGCGGCCACCACUCACACCCACGCAAGGGCCGGAUUCGUUUUAUGAUCUGGUGCAAGGGCCGUUAACCUGCCAUUGCCCCUCGUACCGGGUUCCUUUCCACAACUCAUCGCCGACCGCACCUCACGGGGACGACGUCCACAUUGCUCACCCUAAAGAUCCUCACUUGGAUCUCCAAACAAUCUUUUCAUCAAUCAUUCUCGUCUGGUUCAAUCUUUCCAAGGUCGCAACUCGCAAAUUUUGAGACGAUAUCAUCGGCGUCUUUUUAACACUCUCAAGAACGUCAUUCCAUCGAUACCUCCUUGCUAUGGAACUCAUCGAAGUCAUGGACACUGAACAAGCACCUCGCCCGUUCCAAUGUACUUGGGAGGCAUGUGGCAAGAGCUUCAAUAGAAAAUCGGAUCUGCAGAGGCAUUUUAGGAUACACACGAACGAGCGGCCUUAUGCGUGCACCCAGCAAGGUUGUGGGAAGGCUUUCAUCCAGCGCAGUGCCCUGACAGUCCACAUACGCACGCACACGGGAGAGAAGCCACAUGCCUGCCAGUAUGGUGGUUGCGGAAAGCGAUUCUCAGAUUCCUCGAGUUUGGCUCGUCAUCGACGGAUCCAUUCAGGGAAGCGGCCGUACAUGUGCGGCCACCAUGGAUGUGUAAAGACAUUCUGCAGGAAAACAACCAUGGUCAAGCAUCAACGUCGCUCCCAUCAGCCAGGUGCUCUCGUUGACGAUGCCACGAGCGAAUCGGGAGGGGAUGACUCGCCGUCGACACCGAGGGCGCAUCAUGCUACUCUCUGGGGUCAACAACCGCAUGGCCAGAUGAUGAUGCACAACGGCAUGGGAAUGCAACGACCAAUACCUGGGCAAUACAUGCAAGCCCCCUACGAACACCGCCACAGCCUUUCCUCCAACGGACCCGAGUACCCCAGCAACAUGCACUCGGAACAUGCCAUGAUGCGCCGCAUGUCAAACGCCCCAUUGCCCCAGCAAUACUUUGUCGAAGCCCACAAUCCAGCUGUCGCAACCAUGAACGCCAGCCAGUUCCAAAGCGUACCUCGGCAGCACAGCAACCCUUACACAGAGCCCGGCCUCACAGCUUCGCUGAACAGUAGCCCAAGCACGUUCUCCUCUGCGUCUGUGCGGAGUCCUGUCGGCGACAGCGGGUUCAACAACUACGCCCUCCACUCGACACAGGCUGCGACGCAUGCCCUUCAGGGUGCCGAGCACCAGCAUUCCGCCAUGGGACAGUUUCAACACCCGGCAACAACGCAAGCUAUGCUGCCGAACCAAUCGAUGAUGGCCAUUCCCAUGCACCAACACUCCCAACAGCACCCACAGUCCCCAGGAACACAAGGCGUGUACCAUCAACAGCUUUCUACUUCGGCGCCGGACAACUCACAGGCUAUGUACGCCGCCGGCCUCCCGGCCUACCAGGAUCCUGUGAGUGCUGGCCAUGUGCCAGCCUCCUACGGAUGGGGCAUCUCGGAUGUCAAAUUCGAGGAUCCUUCCGGCAUGGGCAUGGGAAUGCCCUCCGACAGGAUCGCACAAAUGGGCUAGAAGCAAGAUUCUGGGAAGCAUUCCCCGUUAAAGACUUUGACCAGUAACUGUAUACUGGUACAGCAGCUUGUCUACCCCAUCUGGUCCUGUCGAUCCCUAGCUAUUGGUCCAAUAAGCCGGAACUUGAAGGAGCCAGGGAAUGGAGGGCUCCGGCCAUGCACUCUCACUUAAUACCCUACGGCAUAUGUCGGUCCUGGUUCUAAUUACAGUCAACCCCGCUGACGACUUAACGACAUUUAUUUUCUUGUAACUCUGCAUCUUCUCCCAUGCAAUUUCCACAGGGUGAAAUCUGGGGCGGUCGUGCUGCUUCUGCAUUCCAGCAAACACUUUUCAUCUCACAAGGCGUCAAAACAACUGCACAGAUCUCUGGGCCAGAGAUCCAUGGUGGGGUGCAGCAGGAGGGUGGUCGGCUGUCUCGUUUGGAAGACAAAAAAGAACUCAUCAAAGAGGCGUUCACGAAUGGAGAGGAAAAGCGCACUUGUGGUGUUCAUGCGGCUGUCAUAAUCAGGUUGGAAGUCUCGAACUGACCAGCCCAGUCUCUUGUUAUUGAUGUACUAUGUCUUUCUUUCCCUCCCUAUAUCUCCUGUCCCUCUCUAUAUCUCUCUGUGUGUCACUUGCUGUACUAUUAUUGUUAUUGUUUUUUGGGGCUUUGUUUUGAUACCUGUGGAAUGGGGUUUUUCUUUUCGGAGUAUUAACUAAUGAGUGUGAAUCAUACGGUGCCUUGCCUAAAGCUAUGAAAACGGGCCAUGGCAGGCGGGUUCAAAAUCGAAUUGGGUCGUAUCAAGGUUGGACAACAAGCGGACAGCAAGCGAACAACAAGCGAAGAUUAUGCCUCUUAGGAAGCUAAAAAUCCAAGCGAACUUCAAGAUA